CCCACAUCUACGUACCUCUAAUCAACUCUCUCUCUCUCUCUCUCUCUCUCUCUCCCUCCCCGCACCAUUAAUUAUUACGAGGAUGGGUGCGCUUGACCACCUCUCGGAUAUGUGCAGUGCCACAGAAACAAAGCACGCAUUGAAAAUUAGAAAGAGGAGGCCACUGCAGACUGUGGACAUCAGGGUGAAGAUGGACUGCGAUGGCUGUGAAAGGAGAGUAAAACAUGCACUUACCUCUAUGAGAGGUGUGAUAAAUGUAAACGUGAAUCGGAAGCAAAGUAGGGUGACGGUGACAGGCCAUGUGGAACCCAAUAAGGUGAUGGAGAGAGUGCUGAGCACCGGAAAGAAGGCCGAGUUCUGGCCCUACAGGCCUUACAAUCUCGUCACCUUUCCCUACGUUCAGGGAGCUUACGACAAGAAAGCGCCGUCAGGUUUUGUGCGCAAUGUGCCUCAGGCCAUGGUUAGCCCCAGCGCGCCGGAACUCACGUACAUGACGCUGUUCAGCGACGAGAACACCCACGCUUGUUCCAUUAUGUAAAGAAAUCGAUCUGAGGGCCAAAAAAGCAUGCAUAUAUAUAUGGGAGUAUAAUUAAUUAAUUCAGAGAAGUUGCAUGCGCUAGCUAGCUCUUCAAUGCUCACUACUGCAGGUUUUCUUCCUAUAUUAUUAUAAGAGCGGUUUAUGUACGUACGUAGUUUUCCUACUUGUAGGAUAUAUAUAUAUAUAUUCUCUAGUAGUAACUUGAGUUUGCGGAUUAAUCUUCUCGCGCGCCGAUGAAUAUUUCUCUAUUAACCUUAUGAGGUUUCCUUAAUUUAGCAGUUGUUGAAUGUCUAUUAUUAUUUAAGUAUUAUUAAUACACAGCUCCUCUUAAUUA